AUGUCUGAAGUUUCAGGAACAUCGUAUGCGAAUUCGAUUGCUGCCACCAAUGAGCUACGAGUGCCUAAUAUACCAAAGGAGUAUAUCGACGGGCCAUUUUUGUGCCCUAUAUGCCAUACAUUAAUAAUUGUUAACGAUAGAAAUUCAUGGAAGAAACAUGUGUUUAGGGACCUUCAACCAUACGUGUGCUUAUUCGACAAUUGUUCAUCUCCAAGUCAGGUAUAUCAGCGUCGUAAAGACUGGAUUGCACAUAUGAAACAAGAGCAUUGGGUCUCCUGGUCUUGCUCGUUCGGAUGUUCUAAAUCGUUCCGCAGCCAAGAAAGCUUCGAGAAACACGUCACAACAGUUCAUGGGCAAAACUUCGAGUCCAUUGACUUCCAGGCCGUUCUGAAUUUAUGCCGCUUUCCAAGCGAUACAAAUACGGUCGGCAUAUGUCCUUUCUGCUUUGAUUACGAGAUCAAGUCUGAUAAAAGCUAUCAAUCGCACAUCGGUGAUCAUCUCGAGCGCCUUGCCCUUUUCGUUUUGCCUAAAACAUUAUAUGAUGAUGAUAGCGUCGACGAUGACAAUAAUGAGGAGGACGGCGAAGGCGACAAUAAUGAUGACGGUGUUGAUUCCGAUAUUGAGAUGCGUCUUGUGAAGGAUGACGAGUAUAGCGACCAUCUUCAAGGGUCUCACGGAAGCGACAGCGAGGAGAACGAGGGACCAGAUGAAGGCAACACAAAGCGUACGCACAAGCUGAUGGACUAUGGUACACAGUUGAUGCUGCUUGAGGAGGCGAAUAAGAAGCGCCUCAUGAUGGCCCGCCAGGCGCAGAGCGAGAUGGAAGAAAUCCCUCAAGAUAUCCAGCCCGAUGCCCCCGCAGAAUUUAUUAGACAGCCUUCCCCAGACACCUCGCCCCAGACAAUGAGGUCCGGAGCCUCCCCCGAACCUGACGAGCAGAUGAAUGACUCUAGUAUCCACGACAGCUGGGAGAACGAAGAACUAGAUGAAGACAACACAGAGCGUAUGCACCCGCUGAUGGACUAUAUGCCGCAGUUGAUGCAGCUUGAGGAGGCGAAUAAGAAGCGCCUCAUGAUGGCCCGCCAGGAGCAGAGCAAGAUGGAAGGAAUCCCUCAAGAUAGCCAGUCCGGCCCCGCGGGAUCCAAUAAUGGACAGCCGUUCCCAGACACCUCGCCCCAGGAAACAAGGUCAGAAAGCUCCCCCACCUUUGAGGAGAUAGACCGCGAAAUGUCGCGAAUGAAUAACUCUGGUAUCCACGACAGCCGGAGAGACGAGGAACUAAAUAAAGGCAACACAGAGAGUGCGCACCCGCUGAUGGACUAUAUGCCGCGGUUGUUGCAGCUUGAGCAGGAAAAUAAGAAGCGCCUUAUGAGGGCUCGUCAGGAGCAGAGCGAGAUGGAAGGAAUUCUUCGAGACGGCCAGCCCAGCGCCCAUGCAGGGUCUAACAGGCAGCCUUCUCCAGACAUCUCGCCAAUAGCAGCAAAGUCCGGAGCCUCUGGAGCCUCUCCCAAUCUGAAGGAUCGGAUAAGACGUAUCAUAUCGCAGAUGGAUAACUUUAUGGAUAACUAUGGUUCCCCCUCCCCUAAUCCUGAUGAUGAACAGUCUCUCGAGUCCCCCGAAGAAAACGUCGGACAGGCUCAGAUGAACAGCAUGAAUCCCCCCAGCAAGAAGGUUUCUUUUGCCAAAGGCAAGAACAUUGCCGUGCUUCCAUCUACAACCCUCAAAUACCGGGAAGACAGUCCAGAUUCUCAUCCAGAUUCUCAGGGCUCGGCCAUGAGGCGCAGCACCGGCGCCGGCAGCCCUCCGCUGUCCCCCUCAUUCCGGCAUGAAACCCUUCCCCCUUCUAUACCGAAAUUCGGAUUCCCUCUUGAUAAAGAUCAAAAAGACCUAGAGGCAAAAGCUGAGAGCCUCUAUGCCAGGAGCUUGAAGAGAUAUGGUAGUCUGUCAACCUUUCACGGCGAGGGUCCCAUAGAAACAAGCCCUACAUCCGCGCCUCGUGCCGACGGCACAGAUACCAUUGUACCUCGUCCACGCGAUUACAGUGAGACUCAGCGCCUCAAAGAGGAAGAGGAUGCUGCCGAAGCUGCUGAAUUUGCCGCGGAACAAAGACGACUUGAAGAGCAAUCGCGACGACUUGAAGAGCAGUCGCGACAACUUGAAGAGCAGUCGCGACAACUCAAAGAGUUAAAGCGUGAGAGUGACAUAGUGGUGGAGAAGCGCAGGAAAAAGGAGAUUGAGUAUAGGCGUCUUAAGGAGGAAGAUUCCGCCGACGCUGCCGAGAAGAUGCGACAGCUUGAACAGGAGUUCCGCGAUGAGGCCGAUCUUCAUGAUUUACAGCAACAGCUUGAUGCUAUUAAGAUGCGUGAUGCCAGGGCCGAGUUGAGCCGCCGAUUGAAGGAACUCGACCGUGUGAUCCUCAAGAACGACGAGGAGGCUGCCGAAGAGAUGCGACGGCUUGAAAGGAAGUUCCCCGAUGAAGUUGAGUUACAUUAUGCACGGCAAGAGCUUGAUGCUAUUAAGAAGCGCGAGGCCAACGCCGAAAUGGAGAGGCGCAUACUGAAGGAACGUGAGCUUCUGCGCCUCGAAGAGGAGGAUGCUGCUGAAGCUGCCGAAGAACAAAGACGGGUUGGAGAGCCGUUGCGACAACUUGAAGAAUUAAAGCGUGAGAGUGACAUAGUGGUGGAGCAGCGCAUAAAUAAGGAGGCUGAGUAUAGGCGUCUUAAGGAGGAAGAUUCCGCCGACGCUGCCGAGAGGAUACGGAUUGUAAGUGGCAUGUUACGCGAUGAUGCUGAGCUUCGUUCUUUACAGCGGAAGCUUGAUGCUACGCAGAAGCGUGAGGCCGGCGCGAUUGAGAAGCGCAUACUGAAGGAACCCGAGCUGAGGCGCCUGAUAGAAGAGGAGUAUGCUUCUGAAGCUGCCGAGGGAAAAAGACGGCUUGAGGGAGAUUUUCGUGAAGAUGGGGAGAGUUCUAAGGAAGAAGACCAAGUCGUCCCCAUGGAUUGGGACUCAAUUGAGCCACCAUUUACAGAUGGCGUGAUGGAAGUCGAAAAACGACGAGGCAGCGCUGCCCCUCCUGGACGAUGCCACAGCUGCAAUCGUAUCGUCACUACAGACUGGAGACGGGGUCCUGAUGGUGCCAGGACUUUAUGCAAUGCCUGUGGUCGCAUUUACGCCCGCAAACGCCGGCUAGAAGCAAGAUCACUACAUCCCAAGCCUGAGGAGAGAAGCUAG